UCCAAAGUAUGUUAUAUUAAGUUUCGUGAAGCAUCAAGUGUUGGUGUGGCCCAGCAUCUAACCAACACGGUUUUUAUUGACAGAGCUUUGAUAGUUGUGCCCUGUGCAGAAGACCUUAACACUGGUUCAGUACUGCCAGAGAGGGAAGAUUGUCGCCAAAUGAAUGAACAGCACUUCCUGGUGUUUUUCUUGUGAUGAGAUCACUGCCUGACGUGGUAUGGCAACAGGCAGGUAAAGCUACAUUUUCCUGUGUCUCUUGAUGGUAGACAGUGAGUGGAAGGAGAAUGAAAUGAAAGUUCUGAAAAAUCUUGUUCCGGCCCCGUUUGCAGCUGACUUAGCGGGCGUUUCUGAGAAAGCGUAUCGCACAUAAAUUAUCACUGUUCCAAAUCAUUCCAAAUCUUGCAGGGGUUUGUGCAUAAUUUAGUGAACUAGUGAUUGGGUUGCGAGGAAAAUUUUUUUAAUGGUAAUAAUGCUGUUUCCAUGUAACUUUCUCUAGGGUCAUUGAUUUUAAUUUAUGAAAAUGUGAAUUCAUACAGAUUUAACUUCCUGAGGAGUUUAUUGUGUGGGGUAGAUACGGUUCUGGAGAAUACACAUUUUUGAUUCAUGAUGUGUGAUAGGAUGCAUUGGUAAUGGAGUCAGUGGAGUGUAUCACAAGUUUUAAAAGUAGUAAUGGCUAUAUUUUACCAUUAUAUUGUUAAAUUAUAUUGUUAGCUAAUGGUGCCAAGAGUGAAAUGUUUAAUGCGCCGAAUUGAAUGUAGGCGAGAUAUAGAAUGAAACUGAAAAUUUGGUUUUAAAAACCAGAAUAAAAUCUGAUUUGGAGUGUAUUUUAACUGUUAAAUCAAGGGGGCAUGAGGAUAGGGAUGCAAUGAAAUCAAUGUUAAUUUUGUGACAUUUAAUAAACAGUGUUACAAAAAAAAAAUGAAGUAACUUUAUCAAGCUGUCAAAAUGUGACUUUCUUUCGUGUGUAUGAGUAGCUUUUUCUUAAAUGUUACACUUUGAGAAUGCAAAGGUUGAAAGAUAACAAAGAUGCCACCCUAAUCAUUCUAAAUUUUAUGUCCACAUUAUCUGGUAGAUGGAUUUUGACUAUUAAUUUGGUUUUGUAUGUUUUCUCUGUGUGAUAUUUGUGCAUUAUUAGAUGACUAGACUGGCCAAGGCAGACCUGUUACACUUGCCUGAGUUAGGCAUUGUUUGCCAUGCCACUAAACCUGCCGUCAAGUGAAACCUUCAUGGGGGAAAUGAGAUCGAAGUCUGGCCUGCUGAAGAUGGACGCCCUGUCUCUGUUUUUAUUUUAUUUUGCUUUCUUUCCUUUGUUUUUUUGUUUUUUUAUUAUUAUUAUUAUUUUGUUUUAUUUUAUUUUUAUUUUAUUUUGUCCCUUUUUGUUUUGUUACAUCUCUUUCCCUUGUACUUGUGAACUGGUACCUCAGUUCUGUAAAAAUGGUGUUUUGUAAAGGGUUCACGGUGUUUCAUUUUGAAGUUUGACCUGAAGCUGCUUAUGAAUGGUGGAUGGUAUCCGGCAAAGUGUGACUAGUUGAGUUUUAUGCUGCAAAUUUUGGAUAAAUUCCAUUUGGAGUACAUUUAAGCAUCUGAAUUCAGCAGAUGAGCACUCUGGGACAGAAGACUGGAAUAGUGAAAAAUAAGAGUUUUAAGAUGUAUUCUUUCAUAUGUUAUGCUUUAUGAUUUCCUCUUGGAACAGACAGUUAAAAAUCUUGCUUUCUGGAGACACUAACUUUACAGAAUACAGUGAUAAUCUUUCUCUGCUGUUUGUCCCUCUUCUUAGCAGAGUAGUUUUAUUUAGAUUGCAUGGUCUGUUUAAAAGAAGGCUUUCCAUUUAUGUCUAACAUAAAGACUUUAUAAUAAUUAUUUCUGAAAUUGAAAUUUCAUGGAUAUCAAAUGUCUUGAAAUACUGAUGCUCCUGAUGAAAUCUUGCUCCAGUGAAGUCAGUGGCAGUAAAAUGUCAUCCUCAGAAAAACUGUUUACCACUCAUAAGUACAAAAGCAGCCUGAGUUUUUGAUUAGAAUGUGUUAUGUGAGGCACAUUGUCUUUUAAAACAGUUGUUUGUGGGAGGACUGAAUCAGUUCUGUAUGCGUGUGUUUGUAUGUGUGUAUUGCACUUACAUAUGCUUCACUGGUUGUUAUCUGAAGAAGACAUUUUAUUUUUUUAAAAGUCUUCUCAGUCAUUGCACAAGCCCUGGCAGUUGGUGCUGGAGUGAUUGAGAAGGUUGUCAUCUCUAGGUGAUGUUCUUUCUUCCAUUGAAAUGGAACCGCUGAAGCAGAAACGGUGGGCCAGGAGGUGUGUCUCAUCCUCAGGCAUUGCUCUUCUCAGCUAAGUGCGUUAAUACCAAUUGGUUUCACUUGGGUAAUGCACCAAGCUGUGAACUGGGAAGAGCUUUGCUUCAUGAUCUCUCUUGGAUUUAUUUGUGGCAGUUGAGGUAAUUGCCAGUAAUUUUAAUCUCUUUAAUUACUGCUGCUAAAUCCAAUAAGAGUCAUGAACUGGAUCACACGGAAGUUACUUUGAAGUGCAUUGGCCACUGACUUAACAUGGCAGGAAAAUAACGACCUGUUUUAAAUUAUGUUUGAAGUAGAUGUGAGCAGAAGAUGUCUUUAAAACAAACCUACUGCUGAGGCUGUUCUACAGUGAGGAUUAAGCACAUAGUUUAUGGAGAACAGGAAAUUAUUUUCUGCUGCACACUUGGAAGGAAAAAAAAAAACAAGUUACAUUUGCUACCUCCUUAACACAAACACUUCUCUGGAACACUUAGCAAAAUGGUUGCUGGUAUGAACCAAGUUGGCUAAGUGAUACAAGAUAGUAACAAUUAUAACAUGUAUGUAGAGCAAGACCACUGUGCUAAAAGGAAGCCUGAGAUACCUCUGAGCAGCAUGGAGCCAAUCUACAUUUACUUCCAGAUCACAUUGCAGAGCAGAGAGGAAUGAAGUAAAUGAUCACAGAAUCUAUUAUUUACUGAACAGUCAAAAGCAUCCAAGAAAUAUUUCUGCAGAUAUGAUAUAUGUGUGACAUAUUUAUCUAUUUCCAUUAUUAGAAAGUAAAUAUUUUUAGCUCAUUUCCAUUUAGCUUGAGUUUCAAAGCAUGAGUUUUAAAACCAAAUCGGUAUCUCAAACAGUUUUGAAAGUUUCCUAACUUGAUUUUUCGCAAGCCAUAUGUUGUGUAUCUUUGUGGGCUCGUAUUCUCUUACUGAUAAAUUUAUAGAGAUUAAGCUCCAAAACAUAAAGGCUGUUUUUAAGUUACAUAAGCCUCACAUAUUGAUUUGUUCAGGGAGGUAGAUUUGCCCCCAGUUUAUUUUCUAUGAAGUUGAUUUAAAGAUUGAGCUGCUCUUAAAAGCUGGAGGAAGAAUCUGUGAAAAGGCAGUAGUUCUGGGGGGAGAAAAAAAGAAAAAAAGGCAUGGAAGAUAUUUUUAUAGUGUGGAACUGACCAAAUGGAGUUUCUAACAAAACACUACGUUGUUAGGCACCCUAGUUAUUCUGGAGAUAACGCUGCUAGUUUGUUAUUAUUUAGACAUGUGUGCUCUUCUUUCUUUGAACUUCUUUUAUAGGUGGCUUAACUGAAAGUGCUCACCUGAUUCUUUAAGCAGUGUUUGAGCAAAUGAGUAAUUCAUAUUAUUUCAGUAAGAUGGCCCGUAUGCUUAAAAUUCAGGCUCAUAUUUAAUUCUCUGAAUUUAACUCACUGUCUGUUAAUUAUGUGCCUAACUCCAUUCCUGUUUCAAAAGGCUAAAUGCCUUAAGCAUCUGAAAAAUCUAUCUGGUUAACUGUAUAUUGUAUUGGCUGUAUGUAAGUGCAUACUUAAAUUAGGCAUAUGCUUAUGUACGUUGCUGGCCAAGGAUCAAAAGAGCACAGAGGCCAUUAUAGAAGGCUUUUUUGUCACUGAAUUUACUUGAUCCACAUGUGUAGAUUCUGUGGAAACCUGCAUGAGGAUUAAUUGAAGAAGCUGGCUAUUCAUGAAGACAUCUGGUAGUUAAUGGCCUAGUUCAUCAAUCAUCUGAAAGCACUUCAAUACUUUGAUUUUCAGAAGAACUGGUAUAUAACUGUAUGCCUAAUUUGCAUGCACAGUUAGUAGAACUGUGUAUUUGAAAGCCUGUUUAGUUAGCUAUGUAGUAGGCAGGAUAUGCAGUGAAGUACCCGAUUCUUGUGAGCAGUCAGGCAGAUCAGGUGCACCUCUCCUUGCAUGCCUGACUUCAUGAUGAGUUUGUGCUGAACAUUGUGAUGACUCAGAUUCAUGCAUGUUUUUUAAAAAGCCCUGGAAGACGUUAUUGCACAGUUGAUUCUUGAGUGCUAAUUAUUUUCCUAUUUUUCUCCUUUAGAUAGAAAAAUCAAGUGGUUUGUUACAUGUUAAGGAGCAAGGUGCCUCAAAACUAAACAUAAAUAAAAUAAUGUAAAUAGGAGGCUUGAGAGAAAAUGGGUACUGUUGUUUUAUCUUUUCUAUUCAUGUAUGCUACAUAUAAAUUAAUUUUCAUUCAGAUAUGUUUUGUUUUUUGGUCACAUCCAGUUGUAACCCAGUCCCUGCUGCAGAUCUGUAGUACUGGUUUGCAAUACUUUUUUUUUGUCUUUAUUUUUUUAAAAGUAGUAUAAUUCCUGUAGGUUUUAUUGAAACUCAUAAACAGUUAAAACUACAGUGUUUUGAAACUUACCUAGUAUUUUGUAUUUUUAUUGAAGUUAGAGGUUAACAGAUAAAACAUAGAUAGUUUUAUUCAAAGAAAAGUGCUGUGGAUACUUCGACUAUUAAAAAAAUUGUUUAAAUAAAAACUUCAUUAAAAUGCCUGUGGUAAUAACAAAGGGCUCAGUAGUUAGCAUAUAUAGAAUUAUGCCAGGAGUUUUGGAAACAGAAUUGAUACCAGGUAUAAGUAGAAGUUACUGCUGUAGGUUUUUUCUUUCGCGUGCUUAGUGUUUGUUCUAGUUUAGACCCCUUGGCAUUUCAAAUCUAAUAGGCACAUUUAAUUGUCUUAUCUAUUACAUUACGAUUAAUCUAGCUAGCUAGCUAUAUAUACAACUUCUAAUUUUUGAAGAUUUUAUGGAGUUAAUGAAGCAGUCUUACUGUAAGUAAAUUUGAAUGAAACCUGUGUUUUAAGACAGAUUACUUACUAUUUAAACCGUUAGCAUAAUAGGGAGAAUGUAAUGUGGUUGAAAUGGUACAAAAUACAUAGUUUAGGAAAAUAUGGAUUGCUCAGUUGAUCAGUUAGGAUUUUCUUCAACGUCAUUAAACUUACAGCUAAUUCAUGAAAUUUUCAGAUAAACUGAGAUGACUUAGAAUGUAAGACAGUACAAAUCUAGAUUUUUCUUCCUUCCCAUACCCCCAAGUUCACUUGCAAUGUGUAUUGAAUCACAGGAGCUUUUAUUUAAUUUUUAUUUAUUUUUACAUCAAAAGUAGGUAGCAUCAAAGUAGAGAAAAAAGCACAAAUUUCAGUUAGCUCAUACAUGUUUUUUCUUUUUUUUUCUUUUACUGAUUUGGUUAUUUGCCAUUUCUGGGGAUUAAACUUUAAAAAAUGUUCUUCUUUUCUGUAUCUGAUGUUCUGUGUGCUAUUAGUGAUGCAGCCAACACGAACGGUUGUCAUGUGUAAAACAACUUUCGAUCACCGUGAAAGCACCGCCCUGGGAAAGCGUCCAUGCUUGAUAUCGUUUGGUUCAUGAACAUUAAGUUUCCAGUACAGGUGACCCAUAGCUCAAAGUGUUAAAUAAUUGUGUACAUAUUCAGUUUUUAAAAUAAUGAUCCAUUAAUGAGUUUACUAUUCUUUGAAGUUUUUCUCACUUUUGUUUUUCCUAGUAGAGCAGGGUAAAAGGAAAAUCUUAAGUUCUUAUUUGUUUCUUUGUAAGGAUCUGGUAGAUAGAUUCAUUCUUAUUUAUUACCUUUUUAAAUGCAAGGGUAAUUAUAAAAUAAUAGUAAGAGUAACAUUUGUGUAGUGUUCCAGCUCUGUAUAAUGCUUUCAUUUGCUUCUUCAGGUAAAAUUCCAGAUGAAGCCAAAGCCCUUUCUCUAUUGGCGCCUGCUCCUACUAUGACAAGCCUGAUGCCUGGUGCAGGGUUGCUUCCAAUACCUACACCAACGCCUUUAACAACACUUGGUGUUUCACUUGGCACUUUGGGAGCAAUACCAGCAGCAGCAUUGGACCCUAACAUUACUGCACUGGGAGAAAUACCCCAGCCACCAAUAAUGGGGAAUGUGGACCCAUCCAAAAUUGAUGAAAUCAGGAGAACAGUAUAUGUUGGAAACUUGAAUUCACAGACCACAACAGCUGAUCAGCUGCUUGAAUUCUUUAAGCAAGUUGGAGAAGUCAAAUUUGUGCGAAUGGCAGGUGAUGAGACUCAACCAACACGAUUUGCUUUUGUGGAAUUUGCAGACCAAAAUUCUGUACCUCGAGCUCUUGCCUUUAAUGGAGUUAUGUUUGGAGACAGGCCACUAAAAAUAAAUCACUCCAAUAAUGCAAUAGUGAAGCCUCCUGAAAUGACACCGCAGGCUGCUGCCAAGGAACUGGAAGAAGUGAUGAAGAGAGUAAGGGAAGCUCAGUCUUUCAUAUCUGCUGCUAUUGAGCCAGAGUCUGGAAAGAGCAGUGAAAGAAAAGGCGGUCGAUCUCGUUCCCAUUCUCGUUCAGAAUCCAGGUCUAGCUCAAAAUCCCGAUCUAGAAGGAAAAGAUCACAUUCAAAACACAGAAGUCGGUCUGGCAACAGAUCGCUCUCAAGACACAAGGACAGGCGCAGAUCCAGAAGUCCCCUGAAAAAACGAUCUAGAUCUAAGGAAAGGCGGAAAUCAAGGAGUCGGUCUCGCUCUCGGGACAAGAAAAGAGACAAGGAAAAGGUCAAGGAAAAAGAAAAGACCAAAGAAAAGGAGAGAGACCGAGACAAGGAGAAGGAAAGAGACCGGGAUAGAGACAAAGAAAGGGAAAGAGAGAGAGAUAAGGAGAGAAACAGGGAUAAGGACAGGGAUAAAGACAAAGAUCGAAACAAAGAUCGGGAGAGAGUCAAAGAUAGGGAUAGAGACAGGGACAAGGAAAGGGAAAAGGAGAAAGAUGAAAAGGAAAAAGACAGGGAAGAUGUAGAUCAGAACAAAGAAAAAGAUGAUGACAAAGAUGGGGAGAAAGAUAGAGAGAAGAUGAAGGAUAGGGAGGGAGAUAAGGACAAGGGAGGGGACAAAGAGAAAGAAAGAGAAAAAGAAAAGGAAAGAGAUGGGGAUAAGGAGAGGGAGCGAGAAAAAGAGAGAGAUGAUAAAAAGAAGAAAGAUAAGAGAUCCAGAACUCCCCCAAGAAGCUAUAGCUCUUCAAGAAGAUCGCGUAGCUCCAGCAGAGAAAGGCGUAAGAGGAAGAGUAGAAGUCUUUCUAAGUCUCCUAAAACAUCCAAAGGAACAAAAAGAAAGUCUUCACGAACUCCUUCUCCAAGAAGAAACAAGAAAGAGAAAAAAAGAGAACGAGAUACAUAUAAUGAAGGAAGAGAAAGAGAACGCUCCACCUCCAAGAAAAAAAGUAGUAAAGAGAAAGAGGGAAGGGAGAAAUCUGACAAAAGCACCACUACUUUGAAGGACAAAGAUCACGCUAAAGAGGAUCAGAAUUCAGAAACUGACAAAGAUGUUGACAACAGAGAUACACAAAGGACAGAUGAAGUCAAACUUCAGCAGAAUGGAAACUGUCAACCAAACGAAGAUAACCUCUCAAUUAAAAUGGAAGAGGUUUAAAGCAAAGAAUAAACCUCUGUCUCAACUAAGGAAUGAAAUCCAAAGCUUAUUCCCAGAAUGAGGAAGAAAACGUCAAAGCAAUCAACCUGACCAUGUUGAUAGCACUAACAGCUCUUUCAAUUCUUGCGAUAGCUUUGUUGUCUUCUUGCUGUAAAGCAGGAAAGCACAGACCAGUAGAUAUACCAUGCAAAAGCAUAUGUCAUCAGAGCUAUUCGUCUCUGAAACUCCAUGCAUUUCCAUGAUGGCUGUACUUAUAGGUAAAAUGAUUUAUGUUAAGUUUAGCCAUAGGCUGUUAAAUAGGAACUGAAAGAAGUAAACCUUUACUACCCCUAAAAAAAAAAAAAGGAAAAAAAAAAAAAAAGCUGAAGAUAAACAUUGAAAGUUGUUUUAAAAUGUUGCUUGUUGAUGAAUUUUGUGUUAUUUUACUUUGUGGGUUAAGAAGUCCACAGAAACUUCAGUGUGUACUUUUUUAUGUGCUUGGAAGUGGUGCAUAAAUGUACACACUUUCUUUUGGUGUAAAUGACAGCUGUUGGAAAAGUUUUUAUGGUUCUUAUGAUAUAUGCCCAAUGACUAGUAUGUUCUUCAUUUGCUCACUGCUUGAGGUUUGUGGGUUUUAUUAUCUAAAAUAAUUUCUUACCAAUAUCCCUAAACUCAGUAUUUGCUUAAAGUAUUUGAACAAUGCAUGCUACUUUUCUGUUCCUAAAAGGAACAUUGCCAUGUAUGAUGAUAACAGGUUAGCUUAUUGAGUUAUUUUCAGGUUGUUUUGUUUUGUUGUUCUCUUCUGUUCCACAACUGAGCACAUCUGUAUAUUAGGAGGACUUAACAGCUUUGUUUUUUUGACGUGUACUGCAGUAUGUCUGUUCAGCUGCAAAUGGUACAGGUGCCAUUAUGAAAUUAAAUUUUUUCUUACUUGUUUAAAAAAUUUGAGAGCACAAGCAUAAGCUUUAGUGCCUUCUUAAAAUGUGGUAUUUUCAAGAAAUAUGUAUGUGCUAUAACAUUUUCAGCUAAAUCUUGCAUCAUCUCUAUUGCUGUUUUGCCACUACCAUACUACAGACAAGAGUGCAAGUAAUUUUUCAGAAUGUAUGUUUAGUUCACUUACUUAAGUAGAACAGGUCCAUUUUUACAAUUAUUUUUUAUUUUCAGAAAAGAUAGAGUAAAUGUAAUGAUGCAUUUUGGGGACCACCACUGUACAAAGAUAGUAGCUGAAUACAGCGUAUUUUCUGAACACCUGCAUCACAGGCAGCCCUUAAGAUACUAAUUACAUUUGGAUGGCCUUAACAGUUACCUCUCCAUCCUUCUCUCUGAUAUCCAUCAGGUGUUGUACAAUGAAUUUAAUGCAGAGCUGGGGGUGGAAAAUACUUGGGGAAGAAAUGUUCUAAUUUACAUAGGAGUUAUAUGUUAGAUAAUUUUUUUUCAUUCUUUGGUGAGAAAGCAUGUAAGAAGCAAAUGACAAAGCCGGUAUUUUUUUCAAGUAAAACCAUAAUUUGUGUUGUCUGAGCUAAUGUAACCAGUUUCAUUGUUGUGAGAUUUUUUAAGAGUCAUAUUUACAAACUUACUUAUACCUAAAAUCAGGUAGAUUAUACACCUUAUUACAAUCAAAUGAAUUAAUUGCCUUACCUCAUGGAAGGAGUUUCAUUCAGUUAGAAAUUAAAGAAGGCUUAAUAGGAUACUAGCAGUUUGCCUUCAAUUUCCUUUUCUUUUGCAUAGUUAAUUCUUAUGAAAAUAAUUUUUAAAAAGCAUAAUACAGGGAACGAAAAAUUUGUCCAAUUCCUAAGGUAAUGAAACCUAAUUUGAUUGUGAAGCUGCUUAAUCACUUGUCAUUUUUGAUAGGAUUUAGUGUUCUUCCCACUGUGUACAUUUAAGACUAUAGAAAAUGCUUUACCAUGUAAAGUAUAGACAGUCAUUUUUGUGAUGUUUAAGCCACGUGCUGAUGGUUGGUUAACAGCUUACUCUGAUAAAAGAAUGACAAAUCUGUAUGCUUAAAGGAAGGUUGUGAAGGAUUGUGUCUUGCAGCGACAGCUGUCUUAUUUAUGAUGUGUAAGUAGAGUAGAGCAAAGAGGUUGUUUGUGUACUUGUUAUCUUUGUUACCAUUUCACUAAUAAAAUUAAGUAUUUUAGAGGGAAGUUUCUGCUGUUACAAACUUAUUAAAGAAACAUUUUGGUUGGUCAUCAGGUUUUAUUCAGGCAGCUUUUUUUUUAAUUUGAAAUGUGGAUGCAAGUUAAAAUACACCUGUAUUAUUUAUAAUAUCUUGGAAAAGAUAAUUUACUCCUUCUCUGGGAGAAAUUAAAGUGUACAUAGUACAUCAUAUUUCAGUUCAUCUUAGUUUGAUUUUCUUAGUUUUGUAAUCCUGAAUUCGCAUAGUUCAGAAUGUGUACAUGGUUGUGCACAAUUAGUGAAGAAAAAUGACAUGGAAAAUUCAUAGGUAACAAUGGCAGCAUUAAUAGCUAAUAUAUCAUAUAUAUGCAGCAUAUUAAGAUAGAUUUUAUGUGAGUUAGUAUUCCCUUUUAAAAAAGCUUUGAGAAGGGAGGGGAAAAAAAAGAAUAUACACCAAAUACACACAUUUCCUCCUCCCAGACUGUGUUUUCUUACAAAUACUGUAUUUUCUGUUCUGCCUUGUAGUACUUUGUAGUUCUGUGAGGAUAGUUUUAUCUCUUUGUAUUAGGUGUUUAAUGGUUCUCUUCUUUGUUUAAAAAAAAAGAAAAAAAAAAAAAAAAGCCACCAUUAGAUGAUUAAUGUUUUGUAAAACACCCAUCACCACAGAGGGCAGAUCAUUUUUAAACCAGUACUGGAACAGUACCUCCUUGCUCUGCCACGUUUGUGUGUUUGACCUCAUUAAGUGUGUCUGUCUUCUAGUGGAAGUCCAUGCCUUGAUCGUAUUGGAUUUGCAUGCUGAGCUGCUGUGUCAGUAGUUUGCUUUUGCACUUCUAUGAGUUGAUAAAACUAAAUGAUGGUUUUGAGAACAGUGUAGUUUGUGGUGGCUGUAUUGUUUUAGGUGUAAUUUCAUUUAACUUGGCCUUUGGAUUCUGCCUACACAUUAGUUGCCUGGUUUUUUUGUUGUUGUUUUUUUUUGUUUUGUUUUGUUUCGUUUUGUUUUUAAAUGUCAAUUUCAGAUAGGUACAACUGAAUUAGCUUUAGUUAACCAGCUGGCUAACAGCAUCAACCUAGGCACAGCCUGGUUUAUGUGAUGAGUUGACCAUUUGAGUGGUUUACUCCUCUGCUGAAGUAAAUUCUGCAGUCUGUAUCAUGCUCUGUGUUGCUUGCAAUUUGUUUGCUGGUGUUUUCCAGCCUAGGUAUGUGUAAGGCAAUAAAUUUAAUUUUGAAUUCUGCUGAUCUGUUUGCUAAUGGUAGCUUCUCUGGUUUGCCUUCAGUUUGUAAUAAUUAUAUAUAGGAAUUUCUGUGAUACUCUUUUGGUCUAAUUAAGAGGUAAAAAAAGUAAAGGCUGCCUUGUAUGACAAAUUCUUACGUGCUGCAUACAAGUUUCUGUUACUAUUUUCAGUUACUCUUUUUAACAUUAUAAUCACUGAAAGCAGUAAUGCCCUAGUGGUAUGUAUAUUCUUUACUCUUAAAACUGAAGCAUCUCUGUAUCAAUCUCUUUUUGUAAGUUUGUAAUGAAACACGCAUUUUAAUUUUGCAAGCCAUUCACUUACAGGAAAAAAUAAAAGACAAAUCAUCUUGUUUCAGUGUGAAAGUGGAAUUCUGAGAGUAAAACAACUUCUAAGUACAUAAGUUCAGCACAGUGAAGUAUACUGCAAAUUGGGGCAUGUAAUGCCUCCAGUUUGACACAUGAUGAUACUUCAGGUUUUAUAUAAAUGAAUGAAUUACUGUUUUUGGUGUUGUCAUUAUUUUAAAAGCAAGGUUUGGAUGUAGUGACACAAAUACUGAGAGCUGUAAGUGACUAAACUAAUGUAAACCUGUAGAUGAUCAGUUCAGAGAGGUCUAGUUUUCUCACCAGCAGAUAGAGUGUGGAUAGGUGAAAUUCAUAGAUAUUCUUAAUGUUAUUACAACCUGAAAUUUGAUUUUGUUUGCUAAUGUCUAAACAGGAAACUUUCCAGCCUGUAUGUGAAGUUUAUUUUUUAUAUGGUGAAAAGUGUAAUUAAAGUAAUACUGAAAGCAUUGUAUAAAAGGGAUUUCUUUUGCCUAAUGUCAGAUAAAUUCAGUUGUGUUUAAUUUUAAACUCCUUGACAAUGUCUCUGUAUGUAGUAUUUAUUUUCAUUUAAGAUUCAGGAAUGCUUCAUGUAUAGGUGAACCACAUCAUGGGAUCUGAGCACAUUAGUCUGGAUUUUUCUCAGUAGUCGCUUCAGUGUAAAACAGCUUGAGGCAGUUGUCUGAUGAUACAUCCGUACAGCUCUUUGCCCAUGUCUGAGAGCAGUUCUCUUAAGGCUUCAGUUCUGUACUUUUUGAGUAAAUUAAGCCAUUGAGGAUCUAUUUAUGAAUUCCAGUUUUCAAGAUGUUUUCAGAAACCAAGAACUCUACUAUCAAGAAGGCCUAAGAAAAAUUUGUCGUAGCUGUUUUACAAUUUUUGAGAUUAGUACAGGAGUACACUGAAGUAAAAAUGAGAUUUAGCUGUUUAUUUUCUUGUGGAGAGCUGCAGUUUACACAUUUGGAUUCACAGCUUUUUUUUUUUUUUUUUUUUUACUAUAAGAUAAACAAGUGCCAAACUUGAUGAAAGGCUUAAGAUUGGAGUACAAAAUAUGUUCUGUACUAACUGGGCAAAGGAGAUUUUCUCACACAGAGGUUAUCUGUCUUUCUUGGUCAGAAAGACUUUUUAUCAGCAGUGGAAAAAGUCAUUUGUUCUUACUGUCAUUCAGUCCUUGAUGUUCUUAGCUGAGUUAAGUAGCUCUUAUAAUGCAGAUAUUAGUGUGCUAGGUAGCAAACUGUAACUAUUCCUAAAGGAUAUUUUAAUCUAAUGACUAUAGUAGUAUUUUAGUUUUGAACUAUUGAGAAGGUUAAUACAUUGAUAUAAUAACUCAGAUCUGCUUCAGCAGAUCUGUUAUUUACAGUAGAAUUAUGCAAAUGUACUUUUUGUGUUCUUUGAUAGUUAAAUGUCAAAUAUAUUUAGGGAGUGAUAAGGGGAUAAAGGUAAUGACAGGAAGCAAGCAGAUUUCUUAGAAGAGUAAGUUGCUGUACUAAGUAAAACUUUUAGCACAAAGAUUUAAAACUGCUGCUACAGUGAUGGGUACAUCAUGGUCUACUUAGAAGCUAGUGCUUCAUAUAUACAUAAAUUUCAUAAUAAUUUGAUUAAAGGAGUGAGUGAUCUGCUCUAGGAACAUCAGGAGAGGAAUUUAACUUGCAGAGUUAACGUAGCUUAUCAGUAGGUCAUUUCUGGUGUUAUUCUCAGUGAUACAGGAGCCAUGGUAAGUUUGUUCUACACAGCAUGAAUCACAACCUGUGCUCAAAUGUGCCUGGGUAUCCUGUACACUACAGCAGCAUAAAUAUUACUGCCCCUCCUCUAAAUCAGAUGUUUUGUUAGUAAAGGAGGCCUUUUAAGUUUAAUAAAUGUAUAUCCAAGCUUGUUCCGUGUUAGUAGAAUAUAUUUUUGAUUAUUGAAGCAACUAUGAAAUGGUACUAGUAAAGAAAUGUCAACUGCUGCUAUUACGUUGUUAUUUUUGUGAAUAAACUAUGUCCCAAAGCA